AUGCCAAUCUUCAAAGGUAUGUGGAUUUUGAGAUGUGACUGGAAUUUAGUUAAUGUAAAAUGGAAUUCGCAGAAAUUUAAUGACGUCGAGGUCAAUACUGACUCUCCUCCUGAAGAUUUCAAGGCCCUACUGUUUUCCCUAACCGGUGUUCCACCUGAACGUCAAAAAGUGAUGAUGCCUGGUGGUCUUCUUGGCGAUACUUCUUACGGCCAGAUAAAGCUGAGAAAUUCUGCUUUUCCACAAUUCGCUACGCGUGCAAAUGCCGAAGCGUCGACUUCGGAAGGCAACGUUGAACCGAUCUACCAACAGCAAGAUGCCAACGAGUGCUGGGUUGAAAUCAUCCGUGUUCUGCAACAGCUGUCGGCGGAUGCAAAGGUUAUGACUUCGUCUCCGACAGACGUCAAGUUUCCCUUGAGCUUGGAUCUCUUCGAGUUCUGCACCAAGGAGCUGCAAGCCAAACUAUUACCCCAACGUGAGAAAGCUCGUGCUGAAGACGAUGCUGAAGCGAUGGCUGCGAAGAGCCGAAAAAUCACAAAUGCUUCGAAACAAGAGAAACCACCUAAUCCUGAGGACAAUCCGGAACUGUACGACCCCUAUUGGUUGGGGGAUGACCUUGGAUCAAAUAAUACGGGAUUUUAUGAAUUGCAGGGUGUGGUUUCACAUCAGGGCCGCAUGAGUAUGGGUCAUUAUGUUGCUUGGGUUAAGCGCAAAGGCAAAUGGUUUAAAUUGGACGAUACAAAGGUGUCCGAAGUGGAUGAAGAAGAUAUUUUGAAACUUUCUGGGGGCGGUGAAUACCAUAGUGCCUACAUUCUCCUCUAUGGCCCGCGUCGUGUCAAGAAGGUUAUUCCCGAGACGUCCAUGGAUGUUCAUCUGGCCAGUUAA